AUGUGCAACACGAGACAAAACCAGCUCUCGGGACGAGCCACGUUUCUGUCAAUCACUGUUGCCCUUCUCUGUUUGAUGGCUAGUACUGUCAAGGCAUAUUCGCAGAAUGGGUUUCGCAGGUCGGCGAACAGUUUGAUGGCUCGUAGUUCCAUAAGAAGGCAACCACAAAAUGUUCCAUUCCGAGCUGGGGCCCAUCUUUUCCGAAUCAGAAAUCUAAAAGGCCCAGCGUACAGCAGGCAACAAUCUACGUUCCUCCAAGAUAACCGAUGGUUUUCUAGUACCGCAGUGCACCUAUCUGAUGUUGAAGAGAUUCCAUAUACCGGUACCGACGAAUGGUAUGACGAUUUUUACGAAGAGGACGAUUUCGAAACCUUUUUGGAAGGAUUUCAUGUCGAUUCACUAAUAAAGACACCUGAUUCGGAAUUCGACACUGAACUUAUCAUAGAAUUGGUCGGGGAUGACUGCAAUAGACUUAGCCUGACUGCAAAGAAUAUUUCUGUCCCAGUGGCACUGAUGUUGCUGGACUCGAAAGAAUUUCCGUCAAGGUCCAGAGCUCGGAAAGCAUGUCGCAAUGCAGCUAUUAUGAUUCAUAGAGGGCCGCUCAAGAUUGAUGAAACUACUGGCGAGGAAGUUUUUGAUCCGUCCAAAUGCCAAAGGGCAUUUGUUGGAGACAGGGUGUACCCUGGCGAUGUACUUGCCAAGCAUACUUCUUAUAUGGGUAAAGAAACAUACCCUCCUGUUAUAGACCACAAGAAGCCUGCCGUUGAUAUGUCAGUUGCCUUUGGGGAGGAUGAUGGUUGUGCCCCUGACAUGUUUUUACAACAGGACGAAAUCGAAAACCCUUUGGAAGAAAUGACCCCAGGUUCCAAUCCAGGAUUUUACAUCGUUUCACAAAUGAAGACACCUGACACGGAGUUUGACGUUGAGCGUAUUAAAGAAUUAAUUGGGGAUGGAGACUACAACAGACUCAAUUUGACUGCACAUAAUAUUUCUGUCCCAGUGGCACUAAUGCUGCUGGACUCGGUCGAGUAUCCGUCAAGGUCCAGAGCUCGAAAAGCUUGCCGCAAAGCAAAUAUUAUGAUUCAUAGAGGGCCACUCAAGAUUGAUGAAACUACUGGCGAGGAAGUUUUUGAUCCGUCCAAGUGCGAAAGGGCGUUGGUUGGAGACAGAGUGUACCCUGGCGACGUAAUUGCCAAGCAGACUAGGAUGGGGACAGGAAAAUACCCUGUUCUAAACCACAAGAAGCCUCCUUUUGAUUUGCCUGUUGUCUAUGAGGAUGACUAUUUUGCCAUUGUGGACAAGCCUGCUGGAAUUGUUGUGUACGCCCACAAACAAGGCGGACAUGGUGUAAUGACAGUACGAGCUGGAUUGCCAUUUGUGCUGAAGCCUCCAAAAGAAGGUAUAUUUUCUACUUUGAGACGGCCACAGCCUGUUCAUCGACUGGACAAACCCACAAGUGGAUUGCUACUUAUCGCUAAGACAAAGCCUGCCAUGGUACAUCUCUCCCUUCAAUUCAGAGAUCGAAAAGUAAGAAAAACCUACACGGCCCUGGUGAAUGGCAUUCCCGAUGAACCAGAGGCUACGGCCAUUUCGUCGGCAGAAGCCUUCAGUAUGAAUGUAGAUGUCGAUCCAGAAGACGGGUACCAAUGGCAACUGAUUGAUGAACCUCUAGAUGAGAAAAGUGCGGUAACGGUGUGGAGGUCUAUUCGCUAUGUGAAGUCUUUGAAGGCGAACCAAAACUAUUGCACCUUAGUUGAGCUUAAGCCCAAGACAGGACGAUACCACCAGCUUCGUCGCCAUAUGGCAUUGGUGGCUGAACGACCCCUUGUUGGGGAUAAGACAUAUGACGGUGGAGGUGAUGCAAUGUACCUAAGGGAGCGUGGGUUAUUCCUCUGUUCAAACAGCGUUGUCCUCGAACACCCAUACUAUAAUUCUGAAAUCGGCCGCACGGAAUUUGCAAACCUGAGCGAUGCAGCGAAACUGGAAAUGAAGGGAGUUGAGCAAGCUCCAGAUGGAACAGUCGUGGUCCGGGCCUCUAUUCCACUGCCCCAAAAGUUCGCCAGCUUUAUGAAGCGGGAGCAAUAUCGCUACGAGCAGCUACAAGAUCAAGAUCCGUGA